CCUGCCAACCUCAGCUUUCACCAUAGUUUUCGUGAAAUAAGCGCGCAGGCCAGAGAGACAGGUAGUCGUCUUCCUACUUCUGUUGCUGCUGGGUUCAUCCCCCCCCCACCCCCAGUUUGGAAUUUCUGCCCCUGCUCUCCUCCUGCCCCCUACCCCCCACCUCCAACCCACCUGCACUCCGGUGCUCCAUUUUCUUGCUUGAUUUGGUCCCUUAAAUUUACAAAUAUUUACUUCCUAUACAUCAAGAGGAAAGGGGGUCCCCCUUUCGUAGAAUGCGGCAACAUGGGUCUCUUUGACCGCGGAGUUCAGAUGCUUCUGACCACGGUGGGCGCCUUUGCCGCCUUUAGCCUCAUGACCAUCGCGGUGGGCACGGACUACUGGCUCUACUCGAGAGGAGUGUGCAAAAUAAAGACUAACAACGAAAACGAGACCAGUAAGAAAAACGAAGAGGUGAUGACGCACUCUGGGCUUUGGAGAACCUGCUGUUUAGAAGGUAAUUUUAAAGGGCUGUGUAAACAGAUUGACCACUUUCCUGAAGACGCAGACUAUGAAGCAGACGCAGCAGAGUACUUCCUCCGAGCUGUGAGAGCAUCCAGUAUAUUCCCCAUCCUCAGUGUGAUCCUGCUCUUCAUGGGUGGUCUGUGUAUCGCCGCCAGCGAGUUCUACAAGUCCCGUCACAACAUCAUCCUCAGCGCAGGGAUUCUCUUCGUGUCUGCAGGCCUGAGCAACAUCAUCGGGAUGAUUGUGUACAUAUCAGCGAACGCCGGCGACCCAUCCAAGAGCGACUCCAAAAAGAACAGCUACUCUUACGGCUGGAGCUUCUACUUCGGCGCCCUGUCGUUCAUCAUGGCAGAAAUGGUGGGGGUCCUGGCCGUCCACAUGUUCAUUGACCGGCACCGCGAGCUCCGGGCGGCCAGCGCUCGCGCAGGCCGGGGCAUCUCCGCCGGAAAUGCGGACUACCUUCAAGGCUCGGCCAUCACGCGCAUCCCCAGCUACCGCUAUCGCUACCGGCGCCGCUCGCGUUCCUCAAGCCGUUCUACAGACCCCUCACACUCCCGUGACGCCUCACCGGUGGGCCUGAAGGCUUUCGGGGCACUGCCGUCCACCGACAUCUCCAUGUAUACGCUAGGCCGCGGCGGCGGAGACACACUUAAAGCCUCCCACGGGACGCCCACGGCCACCUACAACUCGGAGAGGGACCAUAACUUCCUGCAGGUCCACAACUGCAUCCCGAAAGAUGCGAAAGACUCGCACAGCAAUGCAGCCAACCGUCGUACCACGCCAGUAUGAGCGCUGCAGAGACCCAUAGUGGCUGGGAGGGGAACUGACUGAAUAUGGGCAAGAGAUAGAGAGUGAAACGAGAACCGUAAAGGUGACGGAAAGGAAAGGGAGAUAAAUAAUAAGAAGGACCGAGGACGAAAAAAGCUCUCUGAGUUGUGAGAUCUUUACAACUAUGAUGAUGAUGAUGAUGAUGAUGGCAAAGAUUCUGAGUUUCCAUGUUGAAAAAAAGUGAAAAAGUUGAAAAAAGUCCAAAAAAAGAGAUAAAGAAAAUGCAUGAUUUUUCCCAUCUACCGUAAUUUAACAAGUUUUAAACCAUGUUUCUGAAGAAGUGAAGAGGAGUGAAAAUGGGGAGAAAGGUAGCGAGAGAGAGACAGAGAGACAGAGAGAGAGAGAGAGAGAGAGAGAAAGAGAGACAGAGAGAAAGAGAAAGCGGGAGGGUGCUGUAGGUGGCGUGAGUUUUAAAAGGUUUCUAUUUUUUUGACUCUCUUCUCGGUCUCCAUGGCGACGUGCAUCGCCGCCCCUCCUCCCCGCCCACCUCUCUCUUUACUUCCUGUAUGUAUCCAUCUCAUUCUUUUGCGCAUUAAUACUGUGAAGCAUUGUGGCCGAGGUGUUACCCAGGGCAAGAGACGAACCCUCGCCCCAGCCACAACUUAUAAGUUAAUAUAUGUAUUAAUUAUAUAUGAAUAUAUAAAAAUAUAUGUUAAUAAACCACAGAUAGACUUCCCUGACGCAAGG